AUGGAGGACGUCCGGGCGACAAGUGGCCAUGACCAGAGCCACUACCACCAGCACGAGAAGUUCCAUUUUGGUGAGAGCGACUUCGGAGGCGGGGCUGCCUUUGGUAUUGCUGCCGACGACGGUCACCUCAGCGACGGCUACGUCUCGGAGCCCUCGGGCUCACCGACCCACUGCCACGAUGGCGCAUAUGGCACGCCGAGGUCAGGCCAGGACCUGGGCGUGCCCGUGCACGAGUACAACGAGUUUUGUGACUUUCCCGCAGACCAACUGGAAGACGACGACAGCGAGGGCAGCAGCCAACAAGACCAGGAGCAAGAGGCGCAAGAGGAUCAAGACGAGCAAGAGGCACAAGAGGAUCAACAGGCACAAGACGAGCAGGAGGCGCAAGAGGCGCUGGGAGACGCCAGCGGUGCAAGCACCACAGCAAGCACCACAGCAAGCACGGGGUCGUUGACACCAACGUCAUCAACACACAUUGACCGUGUCACUGGGAUGACAGAGCCACAGACCCCUGCCAUCUGUAAAGGCAUGCCGGGAGACUUGCCGCCUCUGCCGCCCAAGCCGCCCAAGCUGCCACCCCGCCCACAGAACACAAAAUCUGGCAGCGCGUUGACAAAGAGCAAGCGCGCCUUCAAGGUCAUCAAGACGGAGCUGCAGAAGCUGAGGCGCCCGCACGACGGCAAGGUGCUGGCCGACCUCUACGUUGAGGAGCGACGGAAGCUGCAGAAUCAGCGUUCCCAGGCCAAGAAGCGCGAGGCCGCCGCUGGGGAGAUGUACGAGACCCAGUGCUGCAACGUCCAGCUCAAGCGCGCCAUCUACGAUGCCACAUACGCGCUGCACGCGCUGAGUCGCAUGCUGCACUAA